AUGGGGGUUGGGAAAGCCUUUCUCACAGCUCUCGUAGCUACAGCCACUGUCGCCUCUCCUCUGGCCAAACGACAAUUCUCAUAUGGUUCAGCGCCGGUCCGCGGCGUCAACAUUGGUGGCUGGUUAGUCCUCGAACCCUGGAUCACACCAUCUAUAUUCCAGCAGUUCGGAGGCAGUGUGGUCGAUGAGUAUACAUUAUGCCAACAAGCGCCGAACGCUGGAGACAUUCUCCGCAGCCACUGGGACAGUUGGGUCUCUUUGGGCGACUUUCAGAAAAUCGCAGCAAACGGCUUCAACACGGUCCGGAUCCCCAUAGGGUACUGGGCGUUCCAGAAGUACGACGGUGACCCGUACAUUCAAGGUGCCGCGGAUUACCUUGAGACUGCUAUCAGUUGGGCUCGUCAGACCGGCCUGAAGGUUUGGAUUGACCUCCACGGUGCACCGCUCUCGCAGAAUGGACAAGAUAAUUCAGGUCAACGUACCCCCACGCCGGGCUGGACAACAGGCGAUACGGUCGAUGCAACACUCAAUGUCAUCAGACAAAUAUCACAACAAUACGCAAGUCCGGCAUACGCAGACGUGGUUUCGGGCAUAGAACUUCUCAACGAACCGUCGAUAAACAUUCUUCCUGGCGGACGGGACGCUACACAAAGCUACUAUCAGGCAGGCUUCGGCGUGGUCCGACAAUCAGGCCAGACGCCCGUGAUCAUCCACGACGGCUUCGCCGCUCCGUCUUCCUGGAACGGCGUCCUGACUGGGCAGGGGAGUUCCGGAGCCAUUGUCGAUCACCAUGAAUACCAAGUCUUCACUGACGACGAGGUGGCAAUGACUCCAGAGCAGCACGUCGACUAUGUCUACUCACAGGCCAGCUCAUGGGCACAGGGCCAGGACAAGUUCGUCAUCUGCGGUGAGUGGACGGCUGCCAUGACCGACUGCGCGCCAGGCAUCAACGGCUAUGGUAUCGGCGCCCGUUACGACGGCACGUACUCACAGCGCAACGCCGACGACAGCUACAGCAGCUCUCCAUACGUCGGCUCCUGCGCCGACAUCAACUUCAUCGACCAGUGGAGCGACUACAACAAGACCAGCACCGCAAACUACAUCCGCGCCCAGCUGGAUGUGUACGAGACCCAGAUCCAGGGCUGGUUCUUCUGGAACUUCAAGACCGAGGCCUCUGCCGAGUGGGAUCUCUUCAAGCUUAUUGAUAACGGCGUCUGGCCUGCGCUGAGUUGA